UUUCCCUCGCACGCUACACCCGAAUUCCAGAUGCUUUCUAGCUUCCCUGCUGCAUGGACUCAGAGCACAGGUCCUUUGCCGUACCCAGCGGACACGGACGGGGCUUCCCUCAGCUCCAGGGAGUGGACUAUGAAGACGUCAAUUGUAUUUUUGCUUUGCAUCUCAGUUUUCCCAGGCUUUUCCCAGGGCAGAGUUGUUGGAGAGGAUGAAACUGGUUUUGCUGAGUGUAACACGUUCUUCCCUGGACAAGUCCCACCCGAAGGAUUUACGGAGCCGUUCCACGUGAAAAUCUGUCAGCAGUACAACAAAGAGCCACGCUUUGCAACCCUCUACAGUACUAAGGACAAAAUCCCUCUUUAUUCAGCUUUUAAGUAUACAAAGCCAGCCCAAAACGAGAAGGAGAACUGGCUGGUCGAACCGCAGAUAGACGAUCCAGAAAAUGACCUGCAUGAGAUGGUGCAUGAAGCUGAUAUCGUUGGCACUGUGGCCAACCUUGGUGCAAAUCAAGCCCUGACCUCAGACUACGUGGGAUCCGGUUACGAGAGAGGGUUGCUCAAUCCCAGCUUUCUCCAUGAGGAGGAUUUCCAGAUGGCCACUUACACACUGACGAAUGCCGUCCCUCUGAGCCCAUCUCUGAGCAAAAGCUGGCACAGAGACAUCGGGAGGGUAGUGAAGCAAGCUCUGGUCCCUCACUGCUCCAAGAAGGAUCAUCUGUAUCUCCUUGCAGGCGCAAUUCCUUCCAGCGUCCAAGUUAAAGGCAAGGUCUCAGUGCCAGAGACCCUCUGGCUGGCAGCCUGCUGUGAUGCUCCAGAGGGAUGGUCCCUGGGCCUCGUGAAAAAAAUGAAUGAUGAGAACAGCUUGGCAGACCUCACGGUGGGAGAGCUGGAGAAGCAGCUUCUAGCAGGAGUUCACUUGUUCAAGGGCAACUGCGGGGAAGACAACCAAAGCCAGGAGAAAACAGAAGCAAUACUGCAAGCUGUCAGUCAGAUCCGCUCUGGAGAGCAAGUAGGAACAAGUGACAGCCAGGAGGCCAAAGACAGCGGCUUGGUGAGAAGAGUUGCUGGCAUCAUUGCUACCCCUUUCAUCAAACUGCUGGAACUCCUCAUCUACGUGUUUGUGGAGCUGGUGAAGUUUGUGUUUUAUUUUCUGUGGCUUGUUAUCAAGCGGGUUGGUGGUACAGUUCUGGAUGGAGUCUACAGCCUGUGGAACGGGCUGAUGUCCUACCUUAAAGCCAUCAGCAUGGUGCUCAUCAGCAUCCCUUAUGAUGUGGGGAGGGUCAUCAUCAACAUCUUCCUGGGCUUCCUGCAAAUUGUUCAAGAUGUGGCGUCCCUCACCUACAGAAUCCUGCGCAUCCCCGUGGGGUUUGUCCUUCACCUCGCUGCUUUCCCUUACCACUCCAUCUGUGCCAUUCCCUCUGUCCUCAAAGACAUGGCUACCGGGAUCGGGGGCACCUUCUCGCUGGUCAUCGACGCCACAGCAUCACUUCUGCAUGGCUUCUAUUACCUGUCUGGUCACAUAGUCAAACGGUUUGUCCCUAAAGGCUCCUCUGAUGACUGA